AUGUCUGGAUUCACGAGCAAGAUCAGCUAUGCCAAACAGCACGAUGUCUAUUUUGACGAUGGCCGCGAGAUUGAGCUUCUUCAACGCAUUUUCAACUUACCAUCACAAAAGCUCAAUGCUCUUCGCAACCAGCCCGCAGCUAUCCUGGCGGUAAUAGAUGGGUUCGCAACAGAAAAGUACCUGAUGAACAUUGGGGAGAUGAAAGGAAAAUUGGUCACCGAUCUUAUCAGUCAUCACCGCCCUAAAACAAUGGUUGAGCUUGGUGGCUACGUCGGGUACAGUACUCUACUUUUUGCUUCACAUCUACGCAAAACAUGGAUAGAUUCAGGGGUUUCUUAUGAGCCUCAAUACUACUGCCUUGAAAUGAAUCCCCUCUUUGGGGCCAUAAUCAUGGCUUUGGUCGACCUCGCCGGCCUUUCCGACACCGUCAAGGUGGUGAUCGGGCCUUCUUCUUCAUCUCUGAAACGCCUACACAGUGAGGGAGCUAUUGAUAACAUCGGUUUAUUAUUCUUGGACCAUUUCAAACCUGCAUAUAUUAGCGAUUUGAAGUUGUGUGAGAGCUUAGAGUUUGUCGUCCCCGGAACUGUGCUCGCCGCCGAUAACGUGAUCAAGCCUGGAAAUCCUCCUUAUCUGAGAUAUGUGAGAAUGAGUGCAGAGAAAAAGACAAUUGAGGAGAAGAAGGCCUUGGAAUCGAUGGUAAAGGAAGGCAUCAAGUUGGUUAAUGGUGGGGUUGAGCCAAGAGGCAAUCCGAGCUUGAUUUAUGAGAGUAGGACGGUAGAGAGCUAUGAGCCAACCGGCAUCAAGGAUGCGAUUGAGAUUUCAGUGUGUUUAGGGUCCAUUGAGUAG